AUGCGGAGUCGUCAGCUCGAGGCCGAAGAAGAUGGCGAAUCUCUUUUGCAACCAACAACAGUGCUGGAUGUCGAACUUCCUAGUGAUCAACCAGAUGCAGGCACUAAGCAAGAUCCUCCGCAGGAGCCAGAACCAGCCAGUUGCACUUUGAUACCCUCACCCUCCCCUCAGGAUCACGCAGCAUAUGCAGGCAGUCAGAGCGGGACAUUUGUUCACCUAGGUGCCCCAGUGGAGCCGAAUGAUUUAUCCCCCUUGCUGAGUGUAGCUUCAAAUAAUCUCAGCCAAGCCUCCGAACCUAGAACUGCGAGCACCAACACGGCGGCAGCCGCACACUAUAAGUUUAACAUUAACCUUGCACAGACAAAUCUGAAAGCGAAUGGUUUCUUCCAAGACGAUAGAAAUGACAACAACGCUAAUAUUGGCACGACUACGAGGAAUAGUCGGAUGACGUCGCCCGCUGUGCAGGAUAUACAGCGGCGCAGUCCUGAAUUGGAUCCCAUCUGGUUGAUAUCCAGCCAAGAAGCAUCUAGACUCUGCGGUGUCUACGAGGAGGAGAUUAACAUCUCUCACCCGUUCCUCGAUAUGGGAACCAUCCGAAACAAUGUCAGGCAACUCUAUAAUUCUCUAGAGCUUUUGUCCCUCAAUGGAUGUUCAAACAUACCGUUGCAAAACACGGAAAUACUUGGACGCGAUGACUUGAGCCUAAUCAAGUUGGUAUUUGCGACCGCAUUGAUUACCGAAACAAGUGGUCCAGGAGAAUUAGCCAAGGCCCUUUUUGACAAUGUGAAAUAUUCUGUUCAAGACAGGAUUUGGGAGGACGUGGAUAUCCCCAUUAUAACUAUUUUCUUUCUCCUGGCCAUGUGGGAGUUCCUGGCCGACAACGACACGCGCGCUUGGCGGCUCACUGGGAUUGUUGCUCGCUGGUGCCUGGAGAUUGGCCUGAACCAGGCACAAGUCAUUCGCCAAAUGCCUGGAAGCGACCAUGAUCGAAAAAUGGCCGUCCGCGUAUUCUGGUGUGUGUAUACCCUGGAUCGCCGCUGGGGAUUUGGAAAUGGGCUGCCAUUCGUGAUUCAGGACUCCGAUGUCGAUGAAUCCUCCCCGGAACCGGACGACGAGGUGCCGUAUCUGAAAGCAAUGGUUUCAUUUAGUCAUAUCAUGUCGACUGUAUGGUACACAUCCUACGCCUCGUCAACCAUUCUUUGCAGUCGGAAAAGGCAGGAUGAAACAUCAUAUCUCGACUUUCGCAUAACCAAAUGGUGGGACGACCUUCCAGCGGAACUACAGCUGGGAAGCAAGGAAAGUGACCACUUCUCACGUGGAAUGAAGCGGCUGCGGAUGCUCCUCUACUUGCGCAAAUGCCAGUUAAGGAUCCUUCUGCACCAGCCGGUACUUCAUUCGCCGAUGCGCAUACGACAACAUCCCGAGACCGCCGAAAAGGUAGUCGAACUUGCAAAGGACAUCAUUCGGAAACUUGACGAUCUGAAUCGCUCGACGGAUAUCUAUUCGACGCAACAAAUGUGUUUCAACUACUUCUUGGUACUUGCAUUGGGUGUCAUACUAUUGGCCGCCUCUCAGACCCCGGACAAGUUUGCACACACUAUCCGGGACGAAUUCCAGGCUGCUCUGGACCUGGUUCACGGCCUGAGCGGAGACUCAUUUGUAUCUCGACGGCUUUGGAGGUUCAUUCGCGGCCUAAGACCCAUCGGUGAUACGCUGAGCGUGGCACGACGAUCGGCUAACAAUGCUUCCUCGGGGGACGAUGGCAAUGGCGAGCGAGCUGUUGGUAGUGACGAAACUCAGAGUAUCAUUCAGCCUGAUUUUGAAUUUUUCCAAUCCAUCGAGGAUAUUUUCCCCAUGUUUCCUUCAAUUCAGAUAUCAGAUGACUCUGGCAAUACGGAUCAGCUAAUGGGAAACAUGUAUUCAAUCUUUCAGACCAUGGAAAAAGAGUACCGCGAGGGAGUUUUAUAG